GCCUUUCAAGGUUCAACCACGACUGGAAGGUCAAGACUGCGGCCGAAUCAAGCCGAAUUAAAUCGUUUCAGUACUUAGCAAUUGCUCAACUUCCGAUCGGCUCUGCAAUCUUACGGCAGAGAUGGCCGUUCCGGGUUCACUCGCAGCAAUUUCUAGCCCAUUUUUGGUGUAGUUCGCGGGGGACCUGCACGCCUUGAGCAUGGCCUCAAUCACGUCGCUUGGGGUGCACCAGCCCGUCGGACUGCGACAUGCAAUUCAAGAAGGAAUUCUGCCCCGAGACCCUCCCGCUUCUUCGUACACCUGGGAAACCAUUGCCAGCAGCGAGGACGGCCGCGAUUACGAGGACGAGCUCCUGACCACCGAGAACUGCGUUAUCUGGUCCCGCGGAGGCAUCUUCCGAAAGAGUUUCAAGUUCGACCUCGAGAAGGAGCCCGUUAUACAAGCUCUGCUGGCUUAUUUUCCGGCAUCGGCAGACACUCCCGCAUCUGUCCAACAUGCCGCCGACCGCCGUUCGAGACCGACCGAGAAGCCCGCCCUUUCAAGAGCCCUCGUCGUCUUCUUCAAGUCCCAGGCGCACAUCCACUUUCUCUCCGGGACAAGCCAUGUCGUCCACAUACCUUUCGAGGUCGAGUCGGCCUGCGCCGGACCGCGCGGUGUCGUCAUACAACGAAAGCUACGAUUUGACGGCACAUCAGUAUCGCUGAGAAUGCCAAAAGUGCCUCCCGCCUCCUUCGUCUCGUCCCAGCCGCCCCCCGCCCAUAGUCGCAGUCAUGGCCAUAACCUGACCGAGUUCUCAACAGAGGGACUGGGCAAUCCCAAGGUUCUGCCCUUGCGGCUUAGCUUCACUCUCGAGAACAUGUGGCAGCAGCCGAUGGAGCCCGGCGAAAGCCACUGGCCUCGUCUGGUCUGUCUGACCGACCCCUUGCUGGAGAUUGGCUUGGUGGUAACGGAGCCGGAGCCGGAGCUACCAAAAGCUGGCAAAAGUCGGAAAGGCUCCUCGGCGCCUUCCUUCCUCAAUCGCUCCGAAGAGAUACUUCACAUCCAGACCGUCAAAAUCCCGUGUAUUACUGCCGCGGGGUCUGCCGAACUCACCGUCGCAGUUACAGUGAACCGCGAGAUCAACAUGUACACCGUAUGGCGCUUGACGUAUCCCAAAAACGAGGACCCUUUUCUCGGCCCGCAAAAGAGGAGGAAGCCCAAACCAAGCCGAAGGCGGAGCUCUAUGGCACCGGGAGGCGCCACGACGCCCGUUCAGGCAUCAGCAAGAGAAAGCUUCGGCGCGCCGCUCCCAAUGAAGAAGACGAGGAAGACUGUCAAAGUCGAGAACAAUAACAGGAUUCUCGAGAAGACUCUGAGCUCUCUUGUGGAUCCUGACAAGGGCAACGAUGCCACGCGCAGGCAUUCGCGGCGAGUGAGCUCUCUGCUCGCCCGAGCUGACUUAUCCGCAUCGCAAGACAGAGCAACGUUUGGCGAGCAAUCCAUACAUGGCGGCCAUGGAGGCAGGAGGGUUGAUUCGCAUGGCAGCCAGCGACUCCGACUUAGCAGUGGAUUUGGGGUGCCAAGUUUUGGCGCGACCUUCAACUACAACCGCAUUGCCCAUCUGCCCGAGGUCCCGGUCGACAAUCUUCUCGAGGAACUGCGCGCCGGCAGUGAUUUCGAGGGAUUCCAUCACAUCGGCCUGGACGACCAUGACUUUGACGGCCUUGUACACGAGAUGCUGUUCACCAAAAUCCAGAGCAUCAACGUGGAUAACGCGAACGUUCGAUACUCGCUCUCCGGGAAGCCCGCGAGAACCCAAGCCAAGGUGUUCAUUAUUGUCGGGCCUCCGACUGCAACCGAUGACUGUGGUCGAUCACUCCUUUUGGUUGCUAUCCAGGACCCGGUCGAUAAGAGACUACAGCUGCUCACACUUCACCUCGAGCAUCUUGAGGACCGCACUCCGAUGAAGAGCAAGACUAAGCACUCCGGGUCCCUGGGCUCUGAGGACUUCAUCAUCCUUCCCGGCGAACCUAGGCGAGUCCAGAGCGUUGUCGACUCUUGCAAGAUCUCUGAUGGGCAUGAAUCCAUCAUGGUUUUGUCAGAGGACAAGAGCGGCGGACGUGAACUCAGUCUGCAGUCGCCAUGGGGAAAAGUGACCACAGUUACCCUGCCGUUGCUGCUCAUGAAAAACGUUAGCAGUAUCGAGUUUUCAGGUAGCCACGGGACUAUCGGGACGAUUCGUGAGCAACUUCCGCUUCGCUUUGCCAUGGCCGGAACCCACAUUGACGCCAUAUGCCACCCCAACGUCCGUGGUGCCGUCGAUCUCCGGGAUAAGGAGGGGAGACACCAUCGUAUCCGACUGCACCUGCAGCCCUCGUCCCUCCAGGUGGGCAGGGUUCUCGACGUAUGCCGGAGUGUCCUCCACGCAUCAUAUGCGGACAGGAUAGUGGCGGGGUGGUGGCAUGCCAUGCAGUGGCUUCAGGAUACAAAAUCCCGAGGACUUGCACACCCCAUUGCCGACAUGGAGUGGUCGGCCGCCGUGAUCCUACUCUUGUCGAGCAUCCUGGCCCUCGGGCACAACAGCGAAACGUCGCUUCGGACGCUCGACAGUGAGACCUCGAGGCCCGCUGCAAAGAAUAAAUGGGAAGCCAUGCAGUUCCAUGAAGCACCCAACUCGGCCGCUUAUCCAUCUUGGAUGCGAAGUAAAACCUGGCAAUGGCUACUAGACGGUGGUGUCUUCCACCCUCCAAAACCCCAAAUCGAGGAAUCUUGGCCUUCUGGCGACUUUAUCUCUGUUCACGUAACCCUUGCGAAGCAGUGGAUGGCUUCGCCGGGCGGUUUGUCCGCAUUCGGCUUUGAUGGCUAUCUCCCCACCGCACUCAACAGGCCGGGCGAGUCCCGUAACGCGGCGGCCUGGAGCAUUCUGCUUGCUCUUCACCUCCUGGCCGAAGAGCAGAAGCUAAACGUUCUAUUUCCCGAGGAUUCAUCUCCCGGCCCAAGUGACCUGAAGACAGUCCUACAUCAACUCUCUAGGUGGCUGGGAUGGAAGAAGUACGAGGCCGUUUACGACCUGGGCAUGCAGGCGCAGUCAAUUUCUGCCUAUGAAUUAGCCCCUCUCCCUAUGGCCGGCCCGGCUGAGCCUCCCUACUACUGCGUCCUGACUUGGAUUCAGGGACACCUCGCAACCGGUCACGGCACUGAGUACCCUACGUUAUCGGACCUCUACGCCAAUGCCACCGGCGAUACUGCCGGUGGAGCGCUACGUACGCAGCUGUGGACAGGCCUCACGCCUCGCACGAUCAUGUUCGAGAGACUCUUCGCUCGCCUCGGCUCAGCGACGCACCGUUUCAAAGCGGUGAUGGCCAUGCACGAGUGCGGCUUUACCCCCCAGAUCCUCGAGACCUUACCGGAAGCAAUUCUCACGGCUUUGCAAGACGUCAUCUCCAUUUCCCAGUCCAACCCUCCUCCGUCGUGGCCCGAGGACUUGCUUGCAUUCGUGGGUCGCACAGACAUGAGCCGUGUGCUCAAACCGACCAAAACAUGGCGGCCUCGUGUUUCUGACGCUAGUGCUCCCUCCCACGACGCGAAGUGGGAUGUACGUAUGCUAUGCCAGCAUCUUGAUGGGCUUAACGACCAUGUCGAGGAUGCAGGUGCCGCAGAGAGGCAGGCCGUUGUCCACUCCUUGUUUAGGGAGGAUAGGAGAUUGAACGAGGCGCAAGGCUUGCUCUCGACUGUCAAGCAUCGCAUUGUACGCCUGAAUCCGCGCCCCGAGUGGACAGAGGCAGAAUACCUAGAGAAGCAGAAGGAACUGGUCACAACCGUUGCGACGAGUACCCUCGCCAUACCGGCUGGACGAGGCCUCUUGCACUUUGCUCUUCGGUACCCGCUGCUCACGCAGAAAUACCAGAUUCCCGGGUUCAACCUGACGUGCAUCGUGAAGCCUGCCAACAACACCGUGAGCGUCGACAAAAGCAUGUUCCCGGAGGAGAAGAUCAACUGGGCGUUCUUCCACCAGGGCGUCGCCGGUGGGCUCGCGAUAUCUCCGCAUGCCAAAGGUAUCGACACGGCCUGGAUCUUGUACAACAAGCCGGGGCAGGACCUUAGUAACCGUCAUGCCGGCUUCUUAUUGGCACUCGGUCUGAACGGGCAUCUGAAGUCGGUUGCAAAAUGGGUGGCGUUUAAGUACCUGACCCCCAAGCACACCAUGACCACCAUCGGCCUUCUUCUCGGCCUGGCAGCGUCCUACAUUGGCACCAUGGACGCGCUUAUGACGCGCCUCCUUUCUGUCCACGUUACGCGCAUGCUGCCUCGCGGCGCUGCUGACCUCAACCUUUCGACAACCACCCAGACCACCGGCGUCAUGGGUAUCGGGCUGGUCUACUGCAACAGCCAACACCGGCGCAUGAGCGAGAUCAUGCUCUCGGAGAUUGACCAUGUCGGAGUCGAGGAAGAGGAGGAAGGGUCUGUCCGCGACGAGAGCUAUCGUCUCGCAGCCGGCUUCGCGUUGGGUUUUAUCAACCUCGGCAAGGGGGGCGACCUCAGGGGCCUGCGAGAUAUGCAGCUCACAGAGAAGCUGCUAACCAUGGCGACUACGACGAAGAGGGUAGAAUUGGUCCAUAUCCUCGACUGGUCAGCGGCCGGGGCCGUGGUCGCCAUUGCUCUCAUCUACAUGAAGUCGGAGGAUCAGAUUGUGGCGCGGAAGAUUGACGUGCCGGACACGCUUCUACAGUUCGAUUAUGUCCGGCCUGAUAUCCUUCUUCUGAGAACCGUUGCGAAGAACAUCAUUCUAUGGAACGAGGUCGAUCCCACGUUUGAGUGGAUUAGGGACGGACUGCCGUCCGAGUACAGACAGCGGUACCAGCUCACCAACGUGUCCAAACUGCAAAGCCGAGACCUACCCUUCUUCUCGAUCCUCGCCGGUCUCUGCUUCGCGCUCGCCCUGCGCUUCGCCGGCUCGACCAACGUGAGGGUUCGAGACUUACUCGUGCACUACCUCGACCAGUUCAUCCGCAUUGUCCGGAUUCCUGUGAGCCAUUACGACAGCGAGUUGGCCCGGAACAAUGCGUGUAUGUGCAUGGAUGUGCUUGCACUAUCCUGCGCCACCGUGAUGGCUGGAACCGGAGACAUUGUCGUGCUCCGUCGGCUUCGGGCUCUCCACGGCAGAGACGACGAAACCACAUCCUACGGCAGCCACCUCGCCGCCCACCUUGCCAUCGGCGCGCUGUUCCUCGGCUCCGGGACAGCCACAUUCGGCACAAGCAACCUCGCCGUCGCCUCCCUCCUGGUCGCCUUCUACCCCCUCUUCCCAGCCAACGUCCAAGACAACCGCUCCCAUCUUCAAGCCUUCCGCCACUUCUGGGUUCUCGCGACCGAGCCGCGCUGCCUCGUCACAAAGGACCUCGUCACCGGCCAGCCCCUUACCAUCCCCAUCCUCAUCCACCUCCAACCCAACUCCCCCUCGGCAGUGGCAGCCGCCUCCCAGGCAACCGCCGCGGAUAACGACGACCUAACCAACCGCGAAACCAUCACCCUCCGCCGCCAAACCCCCUGCCUCCUCCCACCUCUAGACGACAUCGCCCGCGUCGAAACAGACGCCAAAUCCCUCGGCUACUGGGAUAUCGCUAUCCCCUUUGGCCAGGCCCCGCACUUGAAGGAGGACUUCGCCAAGAACCAGACAGUUUACCUCCGCCGUCGGCCCACUGACGAGGGACCCUUUCCCGCGACGCUGCGCGCUUUGGCGGGCGGCGCCGGCAGCGGUGACAUCAUGUUGAGCGGUGGCAGUGCUGGCAUUGGUGGUGGUGGGUUGUUGCUUGCCGGCGAGUCUAUUACUAAUACUACAGCGGAAAGUGCCGUGCGAGGGGAGCCGCUGGAGUGGGUGUUUGGGCUGUCGUCGCUCGCUGACCUGUCGCGGGCCGAGAGGGAUGCGGUGCUGGACCGGUUCGGGACAAGCGGUGGUGGGGUUGGGAAUGGGGAGGGGGCGGGUACCGCGGCGGACGCGAGGUUGGUGCUCAGGGCCGGGGUGGAUGAUGAGGUUGGGUGCUGGUCAAGGGAGAGAUUGUUGGGGCUGCAGUUGCUGUUUGAGUGGGCUGAGAGGAGGGGGUUGUUUAUCAAGGGCGGUGGGAGUGGUGGUAGUGAUGUGGUGGCGGAGAAGCAGGGUGAGUCCGGGAAAGCGAAGCGGGCGAAAGAGAAGGGGAAGAAGAAGACUGCCUCAGGCAGGGGCAAGAAGGUCUCUUUGGGCGUCUCGAAGCAUGAUAGUAGGGGUGGUGAGCAAGAGACGGAGGGCCACGAUGUUAGCGCUGUAGAAGCGUCUUGGUGGUUGAGGGACAGUGCGAUUGAGGAGCUGAAGGGGAGGACGUGGCUUGCUGGCCGGAGGGGGUGAUCGAUGGGUUUGAUAACGACAGCAUUGUAACGUUAUAGACUGGCGUCCUUAGGUAUGAGUAGAAAGUGGUAUGGAGUAAACCGAGGCCCUCAUCUGAUCGGUUGUCGAGGCCGUUAUUAUCAACCAUCAGUCAUGAGAGCCGGGGAACUGUGAAGGGAAACAAGGCAAACAGGACACAUGUUUGUCAACGCCGAGUCUUAAGGAUUGAGC